AUGACCACUGGGCCCUUGGAAGAGGCUGAAGCCACCAGCAGGCCAGUGUAUGAUCUUCCCGAGGCCUCCGUGGGCAGCGAAGCUGACGACAGCUCUGCAAACUUACCUGGAGAGUCUCAAAGUCCAGACUUUCUGCCUGAUGAUGAGCCACCAGUAGACGUCACCGCAGCGCUCACUGAAGAGCAAGAUGUAGACCAGGCCUCUGUGGCAACAACCUUCGCCACAGAGCAAGAUGAAGAUCAAGUCUCCGUUGACACUGACACCUUCAUGGGGCAGGAUGAAGACCAGGCCUCUGUGCAGACUGCCACCUCCAUAGAGCAAUACGUAGACCAGGUGUCCAUGCAUAUUACCGCUGUCAUUGGGCAGGAUGAACAUCAGGCCUCUGUGAAGACUGCCACCUCCAUUACCGCUGUCAAUGGGCAGGAUGAAAACCAGGCCUCUGUGCAGACUGCCCCCUCCAUGGAGCAAUAUGUAGACCAGGUGUCCACGCAGAUUACCGCUGUCAAUGGGCAGGAUGAAGACCAGGUGUCCACGCCAACCGCCACUUCCGCGGGACAGGAUGGAAAUCAAGCCUCCAUAGAGAUGGCCACCUCCACAGGGCAAGAUGUGGUAACAGCCAUCUCCAUGGAUAUAUCAACUUCUGGGGACAAAGACAAGAGCCCAGAUGUUCCAAGCCAUAACCAGGAGAAUCCUGAAGAAAUCACAUCUCUGCUGCCCCAAGAGCCGGGUAUCCUGCAAGUGUUUGUGGGCUUCCAGAACCCAGUGUGGGACAGACUGGCUGAAAAUAACCGUGCAAGUCGGAGCCGCACGGUUUCCCCAAGUGUCUCCCAGCAUCAGGAAAAGACACCAGGAAAGCCGAGUGUUCCUGAAGGGCAGCCAGAAAUAGCUCCGAAUGCUGACGUCCCAUCUGCCCUGCCUGAAGAUGUCCAGCCUUCUGCGGGAGCUACUGACCCAUCCACUUUGGAUACCAGCAGUCCUGACUUAGAGCCCACGGGUACCCAGUCUGCUGAGCAGGAAGCUGAAGGUUUUAAGGCCUUGAACCCUGAAAGCAAAGCUAGACCCCCAGGGGUGACCAGGGAGGAUUUAGCUGAUGACUCCACGAUCCUACAGACCCCACCUUCCCUCAACUCCCCAGGAGGCAGUCCACCUCCCUCUCCAGAUCCCUGCCAGGUGGCCCUGGGCAGGAACCUUCUAGACCCCAGCCAGUACAGGUCUGACGUGGAGAAUGACUACAUGCGGUCCAUGACUAGCCUGCUGGGUGGCGGUGAGGGUUCCAUCAGCUCCCUUGCAGACAUCCUGGUGUGGUCAGACACAGCCACGGGCAUGGGUUUGGCUGUGGGCUUUCUGGCCUCAGGCCACAGCUCUCCAGCUGACAGGCUACAUGAUGAGGGUCCCAGCCUGCGCACUGUCUCCAGCAUCUUGGGCAGUGCCAGGUCAGCUUUCUCCUCUGGCUUGGUGGCUGGAACUGGCUCAGCCCUGCGCUCGGUCACUCACCUGCUGGAGUCUGUGGAGAGACGAACCGCAGAAGGCAUCCGUUCAGCUAUGCGCUACCUGGCCAGCCACUUCGCCCCACGCUGGGCCCGCACUGCCCCCAAUAGUGACUAG